AACGUCAACAUUAUCAACACGAGGUCUAGAUUAACUUUGCAAAACCGUAAAAUACUGUCGAAAGACCAUUAUUUUUUGGAGUCAAACAGAGUUGUAUAAUAACUUAAGCGGAAAUGGAUCCUGGAUUUUGUCCAGAUUGUGGCACGAUUCUACCAAUUCUUAAAACAACGCAAAAAGUUACGUGCUACUCUUGUCAAAGCGAGUUUGAUGCUUCUGCUUUCGGAACGAUGGAAGCGGAAUACACAAUCCAUUUCAACUCGUACGAAAACAAAAAAUCUGAUCAAGCUGACCGAGCGGAACCGGAAGAGGCUGAUGGGCCGAUCGUAAACAGACAAUGUCCCAAAUGCAGCAACGAUCAAAUGUCCUACGCCACACUGCAGCUACGUUCGGCGGACGAAGGACAAACCGUAUUUUUUACCUGUACCAAGUGCAAGUUCAAAAUGUCCGAGAACUCGUAAUGCACUGUGUCCUAGAGCUUUGUUGAAAAAUUAUAUAUAGUUAUACUCCUAACACAUUAUGUGUGCAGAUUUCGUUGUUUAAUCCGAACGAUCAUAACAAUACGUUAAGUCGUGGCAUAAAUAAGAGAAUGAUACAAACGGUCAUACGAAUUUCAGGUAAAAUAAAUCCAAAACAUGUUUCAGAAAA